GAAAGGAAGUUGAAUGUGUGGUAAAGGAGAAGGGGAGAGAUUAUUGACGUCAAUGCGAAGUCAUUGACGUCACUACUUCAACAGGGAAAACUCAGGCCUGGGGAAAACUGGACUAGAGUAGAAACAACAGUAAUAAUGCACAGCGGAUGUAAGUUCAACAUGGCAGCCGUCCGGGGCCUUACGUGGGAUAAAACUCAUCAUUUUCUUCGUGGUUGCUGUGUUUUGACUAGCAGGAUUCCGGGCAAUGCUAGAGGUAUAUCACAAGAGAAAAUGCAUGUUCUAACAUCGGAACACGGGUUGUUUAGAAAGGUAAGAUUUUCCAGCUGUAAAUUUGCUUCAAGUAUUGUGGUGCUUUAAAAUCCUGGCCAGGUGUUGAUCACUGAUAGUUCUGAGACUCAUGUAUACGAUGAUCGAUGUAGUUGAUUGUAGCUCAAACGAUUUCUUCUAUUUUAGAUUAAUUUGAAAAGUUCUAAAGUGUGGCUUAUUAAUUUUGAUCUAAGAAGCACGGAGAAAUUUCAAUUUCGGAAAACAGACACUACAUAAAAUUUUGGUGAAAAUCAACUGAACCUGAUCAACGGCAAGAAACUGAGGCUAAGCUCUUAGAAUGACUAGCAUCUAAUUUCUCCAUGCAAUAUCACUCCUGAAUCAAACGUUAAGGUCAGGGGAAUUAAUGGAUUGAUCACACUAACUCAAGAAGCUCUUGAUUGUUGAACAACUGAAUUCUUUUUGUCAGCACCUUAGAAAAUUUAUAGAGAACAGUCUUGAGAAUAUACAUACUGAUGUUAGGCUGUAAAAGGUUAACUGGCUUGUGGUUCAGAUAAAUUUGCUUAAUCUUUGUCAACCCUUUAAAAAUAUCAAGAAGGAGGUGGUGUUUACUCCAGAGGUUUACAAACUUGUUGCUUUUCCUUUAAGGGAAUUCGUGGUUCAUUGUGUACUCAAGGUCCAUUCAAAGUCAUGUCGUUCUUGCGACCAAUGAGUAGCCAAUCACAAGGCAGCUUUUUGGCAGACCUUAAGUCCAGCCCAUCAUCAGCUUUAUAUCUUGGCUUUUCUGGUGCCAUCCCUUUCUGCAGCUUGGCUACCAUGGCAUUUAUUUCUCCAGAACACUUAAAUCUGAUUGCUCAUGCACAACAAGCAUAUGGGGCAUGCAUUCUGUCAUUUCUUGGUGCAGUACAUUGGGGUUACACCCUACCAAAGACUAGUGAACUUAAACCAGACUGGAACACUCUUGGAUACAGUGUAACUCCAUCUCUCAUUGCCUGGUUGUCUUUACUUAUGAAUCCUGCACCAGGACUGACAACAUUGUGUUUUGGGCUUGCUGUAGCUUUGUGGAAAGAUUUGAGGACAAGUUGUUUUCCCUCAUGGUACAUUGCUUUACGAAAAGCUCUCUCAACUUUGGCAGUGACUUCAGUUGGUUUGACUGCUGCAGUCUUGUAUUUUCAAUAGUCAGACAUAUGUGACUCUUAUAGAGAGGUUCAUUGAUAUUUCUGUAUAAUUUUGCAAAAUAAAUGAAUUGAAAUUUG